AGAGAGAGAGAGAGAGAGGAGAGAGGAGGAGAGGAGGAGAGGAGGAGAGGAGGAGAGGAGGAGAGAGUGGGGUUGCGGAGAACCGGAGGGAGAAAGGGGAGGAGAAGGAGGAAACCCCUGGCGAGGAGGUGGAGCGAGGGGCUGGUGUCCGCCUCCUGUUCCUCCCUGGCAUUUUUUUUUUUUCCCCAAAGAGGAGCCUGAACCGGGACGAAACACGCCCGAGAGCGACAGAUACAAAGCCGGGGGUCCACGCUGGCGCGGGAGGCGAGCCCCGACAGCGAGCGAGCCCGAGGCGCGGCGGCGGGGCGCAGGGCGCGGGGGCGCUAGCAGGCCGGGUGCGAGCGGCGCCCUCAGCCAGGGCCGGGCCGGGCCGGGCGGGGGGACCAUGCAGAGCAAAGUCUCCUGAGCCCCGCAAGUUCGCCCCCUCCCCGCCCCCACCCCCACCCGGCCGGCCCAUGUGCCGCGGCUCGGCCGGGCUCCCGCGCUCGCUCGCCGGCUCGCAGGCGGAUGGGUGACCUCUUCCCGGCCCGGGCAGGCGGUGCGAGGCGGCCGAGCCGGCGAUGAAGAAGAAGCAGCAGCAGCCGCCGGCGCCGCCGCCGCAGCAGCAGCAGCAGCAGCAUCCCGGCGGCGGCGGAGCGGCGGAGCCCUGGCCCCAUGGGGUCCCUCUGGGGGGCGCCUCUCCCGGCCCGGGCGGCUGGAAGCGCCGGCUCCCGCGGCUGCCUCUCCUGCGCUUCUCGCUCCGGGACUACGGUUUCUGCAUGGCCACCCUGCUGGUCUUCUGCCUGGGUUCCCUCUUCUACCAGCUUGGCGGGGGACCCCCGCGCUUCCUGCUCGACCUGCGGCAGUAUUUGGGAAAUUCCACUUACUUGGAUGACCACGGACCACCUCCCAGUAAGGUGCUACCUUUCCCGAGCCAGGUGGUGUACAACAGAGUUGGCAAGUGUGGCAGUCGGACUGUAGUCCUGCUUCUGAGAAUCUUGUCGGAGAAGCAUGGAUUCAAUCUGGUCACAUCAGACAUUCACAACAAAACCAGACUCACUAAAAAUGAGCAAAUGGAACUGAUUAAAAACAUAAGUACUGCUGAACAGCCCUAUUUAUUCACUCGACAUGUUCAUUUCCUCAACUUCUCAAGGUUUGGAGGAGACCAGCCCGUCUACAUCAACAUCAUCCGAGACCCCGUCAACCGCUUCUUAUCUAACUAUUUCUUCCGGCGCUUUGGAGACUGGAGAGGGGAACAGAAUCACAUGAUCCGCACCCCCAGCAUGAGGCAGGAGGAGCGCUACCUGGAUAUCAAUGAGUGUAUCCUUGAAAACUACCCCGAGUGUUCCAACCCCAGGUUAUUUUACAUCAUCCCGUAUUUCUGUGGACAGCACCCCAGAUGCAGGGAGCCCGGUGAGUGGGCGCUGGAAAGAGCCAAGCUGAACGUGAAUGAAAACUUCCUGCUGGUGGGGAUUCUGGAAGAGCUGGAAGACGUGCUGCUUUUACUGGAAAGAUUUUUACCUCAUUACUUCAAGGGUGUACUGAGCAUCUACAAAGACCCAGAGCACAGGAAGCUUGGAAACAUGACUGUGACCGUGAAGAAGACCGUCCCCUCCCCCGAGGCCGUGCAGAUCCUCUACCAGCGCAUGCGCUAUGAGUACGAGUUCUACCACUAUGUGAGGCAGCAGUUCCACCUGCUUAAGCGCAAGUUCGGCCUCAAGUCUCAUGUCAGCAAGCCCCCCCUGCGGCCCCAGUUCUUCAUCCCCACCCCCUUGGAAACCGAGGAGCCCAUGGACGAUGAGGAGCAGGACGACGAGAAGUGGCUGGAAGAUAUUUAUAAGAGGUGAUGCCAGCACUGAGGCUACGUCCGAUGGCUUUGUCCCUUUUCCAGAAAGGUUUUUGUUUGGGGAAAAAAAAAAACAAAAAACUGAAGGGACUGGAUUAAUGCUCUGAUGCAUUAAAAAAAAAAGAAGAAGAACAAACAUUCCCACGUGUGGGGGUCAUGGGAGAUGCCCGGUUUUGCGGGUUUAGUUUCAUUCUAUGUUUUGUUGUUGUUGUGUUGUUAUUGUUCCGGGAUCCAUGGGUCCUUAUCAGUUCUAUGGUUCCAUUGCAAGGCAUCUUGUUGUAAAAUAGCUUCUUAACCCUCACACCUUGCCAUAAUGAAAAAAAAAAGGGGGGGGGUGCAACCCCUAGCCCAAUAAGGGAUCAUUUGUUUGAUGGCUUGUAAGAUUGUUACCUCACUGGCAGGAAACACCCAGGCUUGUAUUAUUUCAGCAGAAAUACGAAACCACUCCAGAGGCCAGCUAGUAGCCUCAAGGUUAAAGAAGAUACAGUAGAUCAUUGGGUAGAAUUAUUCUUCUGGCUCAUCUGGGGUGGAGGGUGGGAGGCAUUUCCCACAGAGAAGUGUAUUUAUUCUAAGACAACAAGUGGGCUUGACUAUGUCUCAGGCUCCCAGAACCUGAAACAGAUCUCAAGGUCAAAGCGCAUGGCAACUUCAUGGAGACAUUCCUUUUCCCAGCACCAUUCUGAAACCUUUCACAGAAGCAUGGCAGGGGAAAGAAUGUGUUCACUGUGAAAGGGAAAAUACAGGUAAGACAGCACAUCUCUGGAGGACACGUGGCAUCAGGGAAAUGACUUGGCUUGUCCUUUGCUCCCACUAUGAAAAACCUCUUUCCCCUACAUUGUUUUAACUGCAUAUCCAAGAAGCAGUUGAUCAUUAGCAUUUGACUCCUGUGGCAGUAGUCCUAAGCCUGGCUGCUAAUGAUGCAUACCCCAUCAGACACACUCCCUAGCCAAGGUCAUGGUACAUGGUAGCUUUGACCUCCUCACCCCUUAAAAGCAAUGGAACUGCAAUCACAAUUUCUUACGGAAGUUGCUCCAUCUGCAAACUCUUACUGGGACAUCAAAAAAGAGAAGAAGCAAGAGCUUUGAGUACAAGUUGCCUUUUCAGCCUUAUGAGGAGAAAUCUACUUACUCAGAGAUUUUGGCUGUCCCCAAAGUGAGCUGCAUAGUUGCCCAGCAGUUCCAAAAAUAUCUCUUCUCCCCACCUUCUUCCUCUACUACUUGCCAUCUCUCCCUGGUGCCUGGGUUCAAUCACCAGAAAUCAAUUUCUUUGUGUUGGGAAAUGUUUUCCCAUUUUACUACACACUCCUGAAAAAAAAAAUCCACAUUCUCCUAGGUAGAUAAUAUAAGAGCAGAUGGGAUACUGAGGACAGGUUUUUGUCUCCUUCCAAAAUGUGCCUCCCUGUGAACCAGCCCCUGUUAGAGCACGAGCAAAAUGGGAAUUAGGAAAACUUACUGGAAAUAGGACUUUUGACUUUGCAUAAGCUCUACAUAUCCUACAUUUCAGACACCAAGUCUCUCUGGAAUUCUUCCUCCGUUUACUAAAAUUGGACAGUAGCCAAAGUACAGAGUAAGUCAUUUGGAACCUAUUGAAUGUGCACUAAAGCUGUUUAAUCAUAAGAUACAUUAAGAAGGUUCUACUCUGCAGGAGUCCAUUGAAAGCUGGGACCGCAGAAGCACUAAGGCCAACAGUGGGCCAGUUGUGGGGCUCGAUUCUGCCUCUGGAAACUGGGGGCCGGGAAGUGAUUAAAUGAAUGUCCUUAGAAGAGGAAAUGUCCGUUGUCCUGUUUCAAGAGAGCAGGGCCCAACUAUAGACAUACUUAAAAAAAAAAUGCAACCCAGAGAAUAGCUAUGAAGUUCAUAACAAGAACUUACAGUCUGGCCUAGUAUGAAUCAUUUCUAGGAAGUUGCUUCUAAGGAAUGAGAAUGAGUUUCCACCCUGUGCAAUCUCACUAUCUGAAAAUAAGGCUGAGUUGAUUGAGUGUUCUCAGAACAUCAGGACAGUUGCUCAUACACACACACACACACACACACACACACACACACACACGCACACACACGCACACACACGCACACCCUUGAGUGCUUCUACCUGUGCGUUCAAAGAUAUUUAAUGGCCAGUGGUGUGCAUUUUAGCAUCUCAGCAAAAGAUGCAGAUUGUGGGCUCUUCAUGUUUUUUUUGUCCCAACCAACAACUCCUUAACUCUUAAAAGGCAAGGUUUCCCUUGCCCCUUCCUUUAUCACACACAACAUUGUUUUCUUGGCCCUGAGCCCAAUACAAUUUGUACUUCAUGAAAUAUAUUGUACAUUUUACAUAGUUUAAUUUAAAAAAAUUACAUUUUAAGCUGGUUGAUCUUUGACUGUCUUAUUUAUUAUAACCUUUCAGCACAUUCCAAGGUUUUAGUUACUCAGGAAGGAGUUAGUUAAAAGGAUUUUUUUUUUUUUUUUUUUUUUUUUACCAGAGCACUGCUCAGCUCUGGCUUAUGGUGGUGUGGAGGAUUGAACCUGGGACUUGAGAGCCUCAGGCAUGAAAGUCUCUUUGCAUAACCAUUAUGCUAUACCCCCACCCUAAAAGGAUUUUUUAUUUUGGUCUGAUGGAUGCUUUUUAAGAGGAGAAUGAUUAUUAUGAACUUACAGUCUACUUUCAUUGAGUGCUAUAAUUUUUUUUUUUGAAGAAGAAAAAUUAGUGUGACUUUGAUGGAAAUUUGAAAAUAUAUAUGGAACUGAAACAUUAGCUUAGCAAAAAUAAAAAGCAGUCUGUGUUUGAGAUGAAGUGUUCCUUAACUUAUUCAUUGCCCGUAUAAAUAAAUGAAUAUACAUGUUAUCUCCCCCCCCCCCAUUCUGUUGAUAGCUGGAAAUAAAAGUGCUUGCAGUUUCACUCAGCACUCACAACCUUCUUAAUUGGACAAGGGUUUUCCUCAAAAUAUGACUUUUCUUUUUGGAAAGAUGUUUGAGAAUCUACAGCCUCUCAUUCUUAUAAGUGGAUCAAGUAAAAACAAAAAAGAUGGUGACUUGUCAAUUUCAUUGUGUAAUAAACACUAAAUAGCUGACA